AUGACCGAAUCGCACUCUUCAGAAUCAGACGACAUCUCAAAUGUCCAGGAGCCAACUCCCUCGCAGCCCGAGUUCCGUGAAGGAGGAUAUGGCUGGGUCUGCGUGGCCUGCACAUUCCUGAUCAAUGCCCAUACGUGGGGCAUCAACGCUGCCUACGGAGUCUUCCUCUCCUACUACCUCUCCACCGACAUAUUUCCUGGCACCACUGCCCUCGAAUAUGCCUUUGUCGGCGGCCUCAGCAUCUCCUGCGCGAUGUUCAUCGCCCCUUUAGCUACCUUCCUCAGCCAACGCAUCUCCACGCGCUUCGUGCUCAACCUCGGCACAAUCCUCGAGGCCGUGUCACUCAUCACCACGUCCUUCGUGAAGACAGACUGGCAGCUCUUCCUCUCGCAAGGAAUCUGCUUCGGUAUCGGCAUGGGCCUCUGCUUCUGCGGCUCCGUGGGGGUCGCGUCGUACUGGUUCCGGAGGAAACGGAGCCUGGUGAAUGGCAUUGCAUCCGCGGGUUCGGGCAUCGGGGGUCUUGUAUACUCCCUCGCUGUGGGAAAGAUGAUUCCUCAAAUGGGAUUUCCCUGGGCGAUGCGCGUGCUGGGUAUUCUGGCUUUUGUGGUGAAUGUGGUGUGUGCGAAUUUGAUGAGGAUUCCCUCCACUACCCCAACCUCUCCUCCCUCUACUACCACCAAAGAAAUUAGGGAGAAGGAGAAGGAAGAAAAGAAAGCUAGAAACCUACCCCAUCUCCCUCCCUUCCUCCUAAACAUCGACUACCACCUCCUCCUCGGCUGGGCUUUCCUCAGCGGCCUGGGCUACGUGACCCUCCUAUUCAGCAUGUCCGCGUACUCCGUCGCCAUCGGCCUCACGCACUCACAGGGCAGUUUAGCCAGCGCACUGCUGAAUCUCGGGCAAGCACUGGGCCGACCAGCCGUGGGACUCGUCAGCGACAAGGCCGGACGAAUGCGCACGGCGUUCGCGGCGGCGCUGCUCUCAGGGAUCCUGCCGCUGGUGGUCUGGAUCUUUGCGGACGGGGUCGGAGUCACGUAUUUCUUUGCGAUCGCGGUGGGGUUGUUCGCGGGGACGUUUCUGGCCGCUGCGGCGCCGUUGGUGGCGGAGGUGGUGGGCAUCCAGCAGUUGGGGACGGCGCUGGGGCUGUUUUGGUUCGUGUUGGGCCCGCCGACGGCUGUGGCGGAGGCCAUUGCGGUGCAGUUGCGGGAUGAGGAUGGCCGGUCGAAGCCGUAUCUGCGAGUGCAGCUGUUUGUGGGUUCUGCGGCCGCACUUUUCCCGACGGAAGACACGCCGUCAACUUCCAAGUCCCCAUUUUCUGCCAACAUGCAAAGAGAUCGGACCACAACAGUGCACCACCCGGAAUUGAACGUUUAA